AGCAGCCGCACCUCGUAAAUGGAGGGCACCUCGUCGCAAAUGGGCAAUGCAAGACCGAUCGGUGCCCAUGCAAUCCCCAAAAUGCGCUGACAUAAUGCCGGGGCAGCAUGGGUGCGGGCAACUUUUUUUUUGCCGAUGCUAUGAUGCUGCCCCCACCACGCUUCCGCCCUGGGCAAUGGCCCAUGUCGCCCAUAUCGAAACCAGCCAAUGUUAGGGAAGUAGCUGUUUGAGUCAGAGAGCAGCACGUACACCUACCUGCUUGCAGACACGAACACCAAGGAGGCUGUCAUCAUUGAUCCUGUGCUGGAGACCAUUGACCGGGACCUGAAGCUCAUAAAGGAACUUGGACUCAGUCUAACAGUGGCAGUUAACACCCACUGCCACGCAGACCACAUAACAAGCACUGGCCUGAUGAAGCAAAGAGUGGCUGGACUGAAGAGUGCCAUCUCCAAGUUCAGUGGUGCCACUGCUGACAUCCACUUAACAGAGGGAGACAAUAUCCCCUUUGGAAGACACUCUCUGACUGUGAAAGAGACACCAGGACACACUGAUGGGUGUAUAACCCUGGUAACUGGGGAUCAGAGCAUGGCUUUCACUGGUGACGCUCUCCUCAUUAGAGGCUGUGGAAGGACAGACUUCCAGCAGGGUUGUGCCAAAAAGCUCUACCAUUCAGUCCAUGAGAAGAUCUUCACCCUGCCUGAUGAGUGCCUCAUCUACCCAGCACAUGAUUACUUAGGUCAGACGGUUUCUACAGUGGGCGAGGAGCGCAAGUAUAACCCACGCUUGACUAAGAGCAUGGAGGAGUUUGUGGAGAUCAUGAACAACCUGAACCUCCCUAAGCCUAAAAAAAUAGAUAUUUCAGUGCCUGCUAAUCUAGUUUGUGGAGUGCACAGCAUUUGAAUGGAUGAAAAAAGCUUCUACUAAAGUCCUGAGCACCACCACAAAAUUACUGAUAUUUACAUUUUAAUCAAAAUUGCUUAUCUCAGAGUGCUCUAUUGUGGUUCCCUGUGUAAAUGUAAAAGUUAAUUUUUGAACUGUUGUGAUCAUUUUUUGUUAAGCUACUUACAGUAUAUUUAAAAAUUUAUAUUUAUAUUUAUUUUAGCUGUUUAUGAAUGCAUUUUAAAAACGGUAAUAGUAUACUUUGUUAAUGGUGUAAAGUUGUUUACAUUUUUAUGUAAGUAGUUCAUUCAGCUGUGUUAUUGUGAAUUGGGAAGGAAAUUUAUGAGCAGGAAAACUGGGGUAGGAAUGUUCCAUUCAAGGUUUGAUUUAGUAUUCAUGAAUGCUUAACUGGGACAAAUGAGUUCUUCCACAUGGCCUUUUCAGUGGUUCCGGUCUCCCCUAGCCAAGGAUACGCAGGCAUGCACACACACUCUUUCAGUCUUGUGUAGGCAAUGGCUUUUUUGCAUAGCAGGGAACUAAAACUACACUAUUUGCAUUCACAAUCAAUAAAGGCAAGUUUUCCUUGCACAA